AAGGGAUGGGAAGGUGGAGGGAAAGGCUUCAUUUCAGGCAGGUCUUUCGGGCGGAACUUGCAAGAGGCGAAGAGCGCUUUCCUUUCGCGGUUCCUCUGAAAGUCUCGCUCCUUUCGGACAGGCCAGUUAUGCCCUUCUCAAACAGCCACAAUCUUUCCAAGAUGAAUUACUCUGCAGAAGAUGAAUAUCCAGACCUGAGUCUCCAUAACAAUCACAUGGCUUCCAUUCUGACCUUGGAGUUAUAUACAAAGCUGAGGGGUAAACAGACUUCUAGUGGAUUUACCGUGGAUGAUUGCAUUCAGACCGGAGUGGACAACCCAGGCAUAAUGACAAUAAGACUUUCCUUGUGUGGAUCAAUGAGGAAGAUCACCUUAGAAUUAUUUCCAUGCAAAAAGGUGGAAAUAUGAAAGAGGUUUUCGCUCGCUUCUGUUCUGGGCUAACCCAGCUUGAAUCACUCUUCAAAUCCCAAAACUAUGAAUAUAUGUGGAAUUCCCAUCUGGGAUAUAUCUUGACUUGCCCAUCCAACCUUGGCACAGGUCUCCGAGCGGGAGUUCAUGUUAAAUUGCCGAAUCUUAGCAAACAUGAGAAAUUUGGAGAUGUCCUCAAGAGGCUUAGGCUGCAGAAACGUGGUACAGGUGGUGUGGACACAGCAGCUGUGGGAGGAGUCUUUGAUAUCUCCAACGCUGACCGUCUGGGCUUCUCUGAAGUAGAGCUGGUGCAGAUGGUAGUGGAUGGAGUAAAGCUGUUGAUUGAAAUGGAGAAACGCCUUGAAAAGGGCCAGUGCAUUAAUGAUUUGAUUCCAGCUCAGAAAUGAAAAGCACUUUAAUGUCCUAGCUCCUCAUGCUUCUUCCUAACUUAUUGGAUGAAUUAUAUAUACACACAAAAUAAGAUGACGCUCCGAUCAAAAUCAUGGAGUCAAGAGAUUUUCCCACUUAGUAACAUUGUAGAAAGUCUUCCAUCCACAUGUGUUAGAGUUUAUUUUUUUGAUGGCUGAAAUAUCACUGAGAAACUGAAAUAAAACUUCAUUUGGCCUGAAAA